AUGUCUUGCAGGAAAGAAAUGAUCAGGAUUCACGGCUGUCAAGAAAUAAGGCGAUAUGAUCAGGGACAUCUUUACACACAUGGACACACCACAACGUCGCGAUCACUGGUUGUCGAGAAAAAGAAAGGAAAAUCUCUGCUGUUUUUUCUGAGAAAGCUUCAU